AGCGUCAACGCGGCCGAGCUCGCGCCCAUCUACAAGAGUCAGUGGAAUGCGCUCCUGCUCACGGGCAAGGUUGCUGCGGACGCGAAGCAGAGCGGGAACUGGAGGGAGUUGGUCGCUAGGAAGGAGCUGCAGAAGCUCAGUGCAGAGGAGCAGAAGUACUGGAAGAAUGCGGCGAAGGAGUUCAACGACGCGCGUACUGCGGAGUACAAGCGAGUCCUGACGGAGCCUCCCUCGCAGACGCCGGAAGCUCGCCAAGCCGCGAUCAACGCCCUCCCCAAGUUCAUCGCUCCACUGCUCGCCGGUGUCUACGCUCGUACGGGCAUGCACGUUUGCUUGCUGCUCGGAGGCCCGAUGCCGAAGUGGGGCGGUCAGCUCAAGACCGUAUGCAUCGCCGCCGGUCGCAAUCAUCAGGGGGCGGCGAAGCCGUGGCCCGAGUGGCCUGGCUUCAACGCGGUCACCGACCACUUCAAGGAGUACCUCGCUUCUGCUUUCUCAGAAGCGGAGCGUCAGGCCAUGAGCCUGGUCUUUCCGGAGCUCACGGGGCUGGAGGAUGAUGGCGAGAUGCCGGUGUUGAGCGUCGAUGGGCUGUUGACCAUCGACCCGGAGGAGGAUAGUGAUGAAGGGGAGAUUACGGAGGACGAGGAGGAGAGAGAGGAGAGGGAGAAGUCGAAGAAGAAGAAGAAGAGCGCGUCGAAGAAGAAAAGCAAGGCAGUCGUACCCGAGGACAAGGACGACGCGCCGACCCCCAAAACGAAGGCGACGAAGACGAAGAAGACGAAGAAGACCCCCGCCAAGCAACCGAGCGUAUCUGGAUCCGACGACGCCGCUGAGUCCAACGACGACGACGUGCCGACCCCCAAGACGAAGGCCAAGAGAACCCCCGCUAAGACCCCCGCUCGACCUCCCCUCCCCGCGUCCUUUUGUCCCCAGCCGCUCGCCGGCUGCCACAUCGAUACCGGCGUGCCGCAGCAAGGCGCAUUCGACGUCACGCGUCCCUCCUUGACCUUCAGCCAGAAGGACCCGCCAAACGCCAACGAGGGACAGCGGCGCUUGCUCUGGAUGCGCGAGAAGUACCGGCUGUCUCUUCGCGCCGAGAUGCCGUCGCAGCAGCGCAGGCUGAUGAAGGAGUGGGAGGCCGACCACUAUGUCAGCCUCGAUGGCUUUGUCUUGAAGAGGUCGCAGGCGCCGCUCCCCGGCUCGGCGACGGGCAGCCCGACCGCUUCGGCGUCAUCACAGCCCCCCGCACCUCCGAACACGCCGCAGCCUGAUCCUCGUGCU